ACAAGAAUGUAAAGCAGUGCAAAAAUGCGCAGUAAGAAAAUAAGCCAAACCAGGAAUGCCCAGGCAGGCAACAGACCAGCAUUCUUAAAAACCCGACUUUCGAAGAGGAAUGCCUCGGAGCGUCACAUGAGAGCCGCCUCAAGGAGAGAAGCCCGCGAGAUACAAGAGCAUUCAAAAAAUUCCCCUUCAGGAUCCGCAAAGUGUCAGGGUCAGGGUAAGAGACGUCAGUCUGUCGAAUCCACACCCCCAGAGAUGAAACAGAUGAAGAGGAAGCUGACUGAUGACUCUUUUGACUGCGGAAAUAGUGAUGGCAAGCAGAAAAAAAAUUCUCCAACUAAGAGACCAGAGGAAAAAGCCACUCCUUCAGGGAACAGCAGUGAACCGCAGCCGAAGGGUGGACAGGCACAGAAGAGGAGGAAAAUUUCUUCCGCAGAAGAAAACCUCUCUUCUGUAGAGACUCCAGUUAUAGCAAAGAAUCUUAGGUCUCGAAUAAGGGGAAAUGCGGCUAUUGAAGGCAGUACACCCGGAAAAGAAGCAGAAAAUUCAGGUUCUUCAUUAGGUGGCCUUCCAAAUUCAAGUAAGUCUGGUACUAAGGAAAAUGACUCUCAGAAUAAGAAUAGUCCAGGUCCAAAAAGUACGAAAAAGGGAAAGAAGAGGGCGUCAAAUGGUGGCUCCCCUUCAGAUGCAAAGGAAAGUGUCAAGAUGAGAAAAAGAGAGUCUGGGAAUGCGGAGACAAAACAUGAAACUGCAACUUUGGAAGUGAAUCAAAAUACGGCCAAAAAUACCACAAAGGAGGAUAAAAAUGUAGUGGAGAUAAAAAUAGAAGAAACAAGUAAAAGUACAGCAGAUAGCCCAGUAAAUGAAAUAGGUGAAAAUAUUGGGAGGAGAUUACGGAGAUCUUCAAUCAGGAAUGAAGUGAAAUUGAAAGAAGAAGAAGAAAAAAGAAAUUUAGUAGAGAGUGAAAUGGGUGAAUCAAAUAAUAACAAAGAGACAAAUGCAGUAGAGGAAACAGACAAAGAGGUAGUAGAUGUAAGAAUAAAAGAGAUUAGAAGUAAGGAAGUGGAAAAUGGAGGAGAUAAAUCAGGCAAAAUCACAGAGAAGAAUGCCAAGGAGGCAGGGAGGGACAUAGUGGGGAAUGGGGAUGAAGGCAUAGAAGAAUCAACCAAAGAUACUAUUGAAAAUAUAAAAGAAAGGGCAUACAAAGAUGGAGAGGGAGAUCAAGUGAGAGAAUCAAGAGAAAGUAAUGAAACGGUUGAUAAAAUCUGCUGUAAUAUACCAAAUGAAAGUGUGGAAUCGAAGGGAGAUGAACAGUUAUUGGGAGAAUUGGAAGACCCUGCCAUCCCUUUGGAACAAGAGAUUACGAUGGAAAAUAAAAUAGCCGAAGAACAGACUGUUCUUGAUGGGCAUAGUGAUAUUAGAAAAGAUGGCAGUACAGAAGUUCCCGAUAGCAAUUCGGAAUCAAACCAACCAUGUACCCACAGUCCUAAAAGUGCUUCAAGUGAGAAUGUAAGUGCUCCUCCUGAAAAGAACACCGGGCAGAACCAGGGUAAAAGUACUCCAGCUGCAGGAGACCCAAAGAAGGAAGCUACCUUCAAAUACACACGAGAAGGUAAAGGUGACUCGUCUGAUAUGGGGGACAGUGACACAGCGAGCAGCAGUAUGUUGGAGAGAUCAGGAGCAGUGGAUAAGUCCGUCUCACGAUCAAGUGUUGUCACAAAGUGCUCACAGUUGCCAGGACAGCCCAGUGCUUCAACAUCGAGCCAAAGGAGACCACCCUUAUUGGAGACGCCCCCAACACCAGCUGAGGAGAAAUUCACUCUGAAGAAGAUUGUCCUUGUGUUUGAUCAGCAAGAUUCAAUGCUCAGUAAUCUACAUUUGUCACAUGUUUCAAUUUUAUAUAGACAUAGCCUUGAUUUUAGAUUUGAUAGAGGUUUCAUCGAGACUUGCAGGUCCUAUAUGAAAGGCACACUCUUUGUGAUGAUGUCUGGAGUUAGCACUGCUAUAAAUUUUAAACCUGACAGACGAUGUAGAUAUUUUGGGUGCUUGCCAGCAUUCAAGAGAGUAGAACUUCAGAGAGAUACUGACUCCAGAUUAUAUCAGAUUUUGGUAUCAAGAGCAAAGAUGUUAAGAGAGCACAUAGCUGGGAAUUCCAGUAAAUACAAAGUUUUAUUCACAGACUUGCUACCUUUACAACUAGAUGCUUUAGAAAGAUAUAAUGCUCUCAACCAUUUGAAAACAUCUGGUCAUGUGAUUCCUAUAUUACCAGAAAUGUCGUAUUUGGUGGAAAAUAUUUGUCUCUCAAGUGCCGUGGAGAGGUUUAAUAGUUGGGCACGGACGGAUGCAGCUGCCCAAGGCUUUCAAGAGUGGAGCUGCAUUGAGAAAAUCAGAAAACCACAGUAUUCUAGUAAUGGUAGAACUUUAGUUACAUGUGUCCAAAGGUACCGGAAAGUGGCUAUCACAUCAGCUAUCCGUAAGACUGUGCAAAAGUUAGUUGCGGAUACUAAUUCAGUGUUAACAAAAUCACCACUAAAUAGUUCUGAUUUAUUUAAUUCUUCUCAAGUUGCUUUAGUGAGCCAUGCAGUGCAUUCAACUCCAGAAAUGAGUGCUAAUAUUUCAUUGGCAGCCACAGCAGCUGGUAGCUCACAGACAGAUUCUACGGGCAAAAUGCAAUCUACAACUACUUCAAAACCUACAAACAAGAACUUGUCAAUAAGCCGAGUUGCUGAUAAAAAAACACUCCAUGGAAAAUGCUCUGCACAGGAAAAUCCUGCUACCGUAGUAGGAUUUGAAACAACAGCAAAGAUACCAGGUACAGUAAGCAUGUCAGGAGGAUUAGAAUCAACUUGUGAAACAACAGUAGUCUGUAAUGUAGGAGAUUCUGUAGGGGAGACACCAAUCACAUCAGCUUCAACAAACAAGACAGAAAUUGCAACAAAGUCUACCAGUAAAACAACAACUUUUUCAGACACCACACUAGCCACAACAACAGAUUGUACAAGCAGGACAUCGGCUGCAGUAACAUGUAUGAGCAAGAUGCCCACCACAACAUCUACAAGCAUGACACCAGCAGCAACAACCUCAUCUACAAACAAUGUGCCAGCCACAAUGGUAAUUUCUGCAAGCCAGACAAAGCCAUUAAUAUCUACAAGUGAGAUACCAACCACAACAACAACUUCUACAUACAAGACAACGACUAUAUUUACAAAUAAAAUGCCAAUCACAACACCUUCCACAAGCAAGGCACUCAAUACAACAGUUAUAUGCACAACACCAGCUACACCCAGUGGUUCUAUAAACAAAACACCAAAUACAGAAACUUCUACAAGCAAAAUGCAAACUACAACAAAAGCAGCAGCUUCUGUGAGCAAGAUGUCAACCACUAAAAGUGAGGCAACUGAAACCACAACUACUUUAGGUAAGACAGCAGCUCCUGUAAGCAAGACAGCUGCAGUAACAGCUUCUACAAGCAAGACACAAAAUACAGGGAUAGUUUCUACAAGCAGGACACCAACUACAACAACAGCAUUUUCAGAUGAUACACCAGCUGCUACAACAAUAGAUUUUACAAGAGAGACGAACAAGACAACUGACACAACAGUUUUUACAAGCAUUCCACAAGUUACAACAGUUAUGAGUAAGACACCAACAGCAUCACCAUCUGCUACAACUACUUCCACAAGCAAGGCACCAACUACAACAUCCUCUUCCUGCAAGACACCAACUGUUACAACACCCUCUACAAGCAAGGUGCCACCUACAACACCCUCUACAAGCAAGGUGCCACCUACAACACCCUCUACAAGUAAGGUGCCACCUACAACACCCUCUACAAGUAAGGUGCCACCUACAACACCCUCUACAAGCAAGCAAACACCUCUCUACAAGCCAGCUACAACACCCUCUACAAAGCAAGGUGCCACCUACACACUACCACCUACACAAGCAAGGUGCCACCUACAACACCCUCUACAAGCAAGGUGCCACCUACAAACCUCUACAAGCAAGGUGCCAACUAAAACACCCUCUACAAGCAAGGUGCCACCUACAACACCCUACAAGCAACCACCUACAACACCCUCUACAAGCAAGGUGCCACCUACAACACCCCUCUACAAGCAAGUGCCACCUACAACACCCACUACAGCAAGUAAGGUGCCACCUACAACACCCACUACAAGCAAGGUGCCACCUACAACACCCUCUACAAGCAAGCAACAACCUCUACAAGCAAGACACCAGCUACUACAACAACUACAAGCAACGGCAACUACAAACCUCUACAAGCAAGCAACUACAACACUACAGCAAGGCAACUACAACACCCUCUACAAGCAAGCAACAAACUACAACAACAUCUACAAGCAGGCAACAACUACAACAGCCUCUACAAGCAAGGCGACAACUACAACAGCUUCUACAAGCAAGCCGGCAACUACACCACCCUCUACAAGCAAGGCAACAACUACAACAACAGCCUCUACAAGCAAGGCACCAACUACUUCAACAGCCUCUACAAGUAAGGCACCAACUACAACACCCUCUACAAGCAAGGCACCAACUACUUCAACAGCCUCUACAAGUAAGGCACCAACUACAACACCCUCUACAAGCAAGGCACCAACUACAACACCCUCUACAAGUAAGGCAACAACUGCACCAACUACAACAACAACCUCUACAAGCAAGACACCAACUACAACAACAGCCUCUACAAGCAUGACACCAACUACUACAACAACCUCUACAAGCAAAGCACCAACUACAACAACACCCUCUACAAGCAAACAACUACACACUACUACAACAGCCUCUACAAGCAAGGCACCAACUACUACAACACUCUCUACAAGCAAUGUGACAACUACAGCAACAACCUCUACAAGUGAGGCACCAACUGCUACAACACCCUCUACAACCAAGACACCAACUACUACAACAGUCUCUACAAGCAAGGCACCAAGUACAACAGCCUCUACAAGCAAAGUGACAACUACAACAACAGCCUCUACAAGCAAAGUGACAACUACAACAACAGCCUCUACAAGCAAAGUGACAGCUACAACAACAGCCUCUACAAGCAAAGUGACAACUACAACAACAGCCUCUACAAGCAAAGUGACAACUACAACAACAGCCUCUACAAGCAAGAUGCCAAUUACAACAAAACCUACAAGCACAGUACCAAAUACAACACCCUCUACAAGCAAGGUGCCACUUACACAAACUACAACACCCUCUACAAGCAAGGCACCAACUACAACACCCUCUACAAGCAAGACUACUACAACAGCUCUACAAGCUCAACUACACAGCCUCUACAAGCAACAAAGUACUACAACAGCCUCUACAAGCAAGUCACCAACUACUACAACAGCCUCUACAAGCAAGUCACCAACUACUACAACAGCCUCUACAAGCAAGUCACCAACUAGUACAACACCCUCUACAAGCAAGGCACCAACUACUACAACACCCUCUACAAGCAAGCAAGGCACCAACUACACACAGCCUCUACAAGCAAGCACAGUACAACCAACUACAACAGCCUCUACAAGCAAGGCACCAACUACUACAACACCCUCUACAAGCAAGGCACCAACUACAACACCCUCUACAAGCAAGGCACCAACUACAACACCCUCUACAAGCAAGACACCAACUACUACAACAGCUUCUACAAGCAAGUCACCAACUACUACAACACCCUCUACAAGCAAGUCACCAACUACUGCAACAGCCUCUACAAGCAAGACACCAACUACAACAACAGCCUCUGCAAGCAAGACACCAAUUACUACAAUAACCUCUACAAGCAAAGCACCAACUACAACAACAGCCUCUACAAGCAAGACACCAACUUCAACAACAGCCUCUACAAGCAAGACACCAACUACAACAACACCCUCUACAACGACAACAGCCUCUACAAACAAGGCACCAACUACAACAGCCUCUACAAGCAAGGCGACAACUACAACAGCCUCUACAAGCAAGGCGACAACUACAACAGCCUCUACAAGCAAGGCGACAACUACAACAGCCUCUACAAGCAAGGCGACAACUACAACACCUCUCACAACAACAGCCUCUACAAGCAAGCACAACUACAACAUUACAAGCAAGGGACUUUACAACACCCUCUACAAGCAAGGCAACUACAACAGCCUCUACAAGCAAAGUGACAACUACAACACUGUCUACAAGCAUGGCAACUACUACAACAGCCUCUACAAGCAAGACACCAACAACACCCUCUACAAGCAAAGUGACAACUACAACACUGUCUACAAGCAUGCAAGCUACUACACCCUCUACAAGCAAGACACCAACUACUACAACACCCUCUACAAGCAAGACACCAAACUACACAAGCCUCUACAAGCAAAGACACCAAACUACUACAACAGGCCUCUACAAGCAAGGCACAACUACAACAACACCCUCUACAGCAAGACACCAACUACUACAACACCCUCUACAAGCAAGACACCAACUACAACAACAGCCUCUACAAGCAAGACACCAACUACUACAACACCCUCUACAAGCAAGACACCAACUACAACACCCUCUACAAGCAAGACACCAACUACUACAACACCCUCUACAAGCAAGACACCAACUACUACAACAGCCUCUACAAGCAAGACACAACUACUACAAACACCCUCUACAAGCAAGACACCAACUACUACAACAACAGCCUCUACAAGCAAGACACCAACUACCACAACACCCUCUACAAGCAAGACACCAACUACCCUCUACCACCAACUCACCCUCUACAAGCAAGACACCAACUACUACAACACCCUCUACAAGCAAGACACCAACUACUACAACACCCUCUACAAGCAAGACACCAACUACAACACCCUCUACAAGCAAUGUGACUACAACAACACCCUCUACAAGCUCACCUGCAAGCAAGGCGACAACAACAGCCUCUACAAGCAAGGUAACAACUACAACAACACCCUCUACAAGCAAGGAACUACAACACCUCUACAAGCAAGAACUACAACAAACACCCUCUACAAGCCAACUACAACACCCUCUACAAGCAAAGGUACUACAACAACACCCUCUACAAGCAAGCAAGGUAACAACUACAACAACACCCACUACAAGCAAGGUGACAACAACACCCUCUACAAGAAAGGAACCAACUACAACACCCACUACAAGCAAGGUGCUACCUACAACACCCUCUACAAGCAAAAUGCUUCCUACAACACCCUCUACAAGCAAAAUGCUUCCUACAACAUCCUCUACAAGCAAGGAACCAACUACAACACCCACUACAAGCAAGGUGCUACUUACAACACCCUCUACAAGCAAGGUACUACCUACAACACCCUCUACAAGUAA